AUGAGCUCCUCAAAAUACAUUGAAGAUGGCAUUAAUUCAAACAUAAGAGUUGACGGGAGAACAUUAUUAACAUAUAGAACUAUCGAAAUAAACAAGAAUAUAUUGGUAUCAGCAGAUGGGAGUAGUAGUGUUAUGAAUGAAGAAAACAAUGUAAUAUGUGGAGUAAAACUUUCUCUGCUAUCACCUAGUGCAGAUGCAAAUGAUGAAGGUUUUGUCAAUUUAAAGAUAGACUGCCCUGCAUCUGUAGGUGCAAAUAGAAUAAAGAAAGAACACUUACAAAUUAUGACAUCAAUUAUUUAUGACUUAUGUAUAAAAAACAAUAUUAAUAAAAAAAAAUUAUGUAUUUUGCCUUCAAAAUUUGUUUGGGGAGUUGACAUAAAUGUAAUGGUUUUGAAUGCUGGAGGAGGACUAUUAGACAUUAUUAGCAUAGCAAUAUAUGUAGCUUUAAAUGAUAUGACCAUGCCUAUUGUGAAACCAAAAAAAAAAAUUGAUGAAUUAAAUAUGUUUCAUAACACAAAAUGUAAGGACUAUCAAGUAGAAAUUGUAGAAAACCAGAAAACCAAUUUUCCGUAUGAAAAUAUCCCGAUAUGUAUUUCAAUUGGGGAAAUAAACAAUAAAUAUAUAUACGAUAUGUCAAAGAUUGAAGAGGAAUUAGUUGAAAAUAUUUUUGUAGUGGCUAUUACAUCAAGCGGAAAAUGUGUAGCAUUUCAUAAGCUCUAUGGAAUAUCAAUGGAAAUAUCUUCAAUAUUAAAUAUGACUGAAAAUUCAAUAAAAGUUUCACAUUUCCUCUUUGAGAAAAUUAAUGAAGCAAUAUGUAAAAUACGAACAAGAAGUGCCCUAAUAAAAUAA